GCAGCGCAGCUUCAACCAGAAGCCCGAGACAAUACGAAAACCGACGCGGAAUGGCGUCUGCUAGGGGCCCGGGAACAUGAAUAACAAGGAACUCAGACUCGAACUGGAGCUAACGGACCAAUCAGAGGGUCUGAAUCGCGCAUGGGCGGAACCGUCCGUUGGAGGAUCGUGCUGUCAUACAUGUUCCCGGUGUGUGGACGCGGCGCAGCGUUUCCUGCACUGGUGCAUGGUGGUCGAACAGGAGGAAUUGUUGGAAAUUUUUCGGAGCUGAAGCAUGCUCUUGGCCCAGAUAAACCGGAACUCGCAGGGAAUGGCUGAGUUUCAUGAUGCAGACGGGCAGCCGGUCACCCUCUGUCUGACAGAGGCUGUGACUGUGCAAGAUGGGGAUCAGAUGGACACCAUGGACACGGUGAGCCUGCAGGCCGUCACUCUAGCAGAUGGAUCCACGGCGUACAUCCAACAUGACUCCAAAUCCGCCUUUUCAGACGGUCAGAUCAUGGACGGUCAGGUGAUCCAGCUGGAGGACGGCUCUGCUGCCUACGUUCAGCACGUGGCGAUGCCCAAAGCAGGUGAGACGCAGCUCCCUGCAGUAGCCUACCAACUAACAGGAGGAGACAGUUUACAACUUGAAGAUGGACAAGCAGUUCAACUUGAAGACGGGACGACAGCCUACAUUCACACACCCAAAGACGCUUACGACCAGAGCGGCCUGCAGGAGGUGCAGCUGGAGGACGGCAGCACCGCCUACAUCCAGCACACCGUGCACAUGCCUCAGUCCAACACCAUCCUGGCCAUCCAGGCAGACGGCACCAUCGCUGACCUGCAGGCCGAGGCCACAGCCAUCGACCCCGAGACCAUCAGUGUUCUUGAACAGUACACCACCAAGGUGGAGAACAUAGAAAACCCCCUCGGGCCCUUCGGCAGAGUGGAAGCAGACAACGGCGUACACAUGCGGAUUGUGUUACAGGGUCAGGACAACCGGCAAAGUAGAGGCUCCAAUGUAGGCGAGAAGUCUUUCCGCUGUGAAUACGAGGGCUGCGGAAAGCUCUACACCACGGCACACCAUCUCAAGGUACACGAGCGCUCCCACACAGGAGACAAACCCUACAUCUGUGACUAUCCAGGCUGUGGGAGGAAGUUUGCAACAGGGUAUGGACUGAAGAGUCACUCACGCACACACACGGGGGAGAAGCCAUACAGGUGUCAAGAGCUGAACUGCUGCAAGUCCUUCAAAACGUCUGGAGACCUUCAGAAGCACACGAGGACUCACACAGGAGAGAAGCCUUUUAAAUGCCCGGUCGAAGGCUGCGGCAGGUCAUUUACAACAUCCAACAUCCGCAAAGUCCACAUCCGAACACACACCGGGGAGCGGCCGUACUACUGCUCUGAGCCGAGCUGUGGACGCUCGUUUGCCAGCGCCACCAACUACAAGAACCAUAUGAGGAUACACACAGGGGAGAAACCAUACGUGUGCACAGUGCCCGGCUGUGAAAAGCGCUUCACAGAAUACUCCAGCCUUUACAAACACCACGUGGUCCACACACCCUGCAAACCUUACAACUGCAACCACUGCGGCAAAACGUACAAGCAGAUCUCAACGCUCGCCAUGCACAAACGCACCGCCCACAACGACACGGAGCCCAUCGAGGAGGAGCAGGAGGCUUACUUUGAACCCCCGACAGACGCCAUAGAUGACCCCAAUGUCAGCUACACGACAGCAGUGGUCGACAAUGAAGACUCGGGCUCAGAGCAGGUUCCCAUCAUCGACAGCACAGACAUGGUCGGUCCGCAGCACGUUGCGUUGGUCACACAGGAGGACGGAACACAACAACAGGUCAGUAUCUCUGAAGCAGACUUACAGGCUAUGGGAGGCACAAUAACGAUGGUGACCCAAGAAGGCACGACCAUAACCAUCCCAGCGCACGAACUCACCACGCAAGGUACUCACUCUGUGACGAUGGUGACGACGGACGGCACAGAGGAACAGGUGGCCAUCAUGACUCCUGACAUGGCGGCCUUCCACACGGUGGAGGAGGCGGCUUACAGCCAAGAGCAGGAUGAGAUUCAUCCUGUCACGUUACUGGCAACCUCCAACGGCACUCACAUCGCUGUGCAGCUCAGUGAUCAGCCAUCGUUGGAGGAAGCUAUCAGAAUAGCAUCAAGAAUACAACAAGGAGAGUCACCAGGUCUGGAUGAUUGAUGGACUCAUUAUGGACUAUAAUGGAUCAAAUCCAUCUCAAGUGGACUUUAUCAGUGAAAGAAAUCACAAGUCUUCCUCUCCAUGUUUUUUUUUUUUUUUUCCAACAAAAGACAAAACUUAGCUUUUACGUGUACAUAGGAUUUUGAUAACUGGAGUUCUGCUAUGCUAUUUUAUCCCUCGACCAAAAAGAAGGACGAGGGGGGAAAUGCUUUCUAAUGUUUAUGGUGCACAGUGCACAGUGCAGUGUACAGCUAAUGCUAUUUCUAAUAAAAUAAGAAAUUGUGUGAUUAA